CCGAAUCACCAUUGGUAUCUUUACCUGACAGACAGGUUUUCUACCCUGUACAAGUAGAUCCUUGACAGGCAUCGCGCAAGUAAUACUAGAUAGAUAAUGGAGGCGAGAGAUAACUUGGAUUAGGGGUUGGCUCUGAUAUCUCUGGCCAUCUGAUUGGCUCGGAUAUACCUAGCUAUCCGAUUGGCUCGCAUAGCGGCUCCCAAAUUUCGAGAACUUCUAUACUUCGCUAUAACGAUACAAACAGGGGUUCAUCAUGUAUAAAGAUCUCUCUCCUAACCCCCGUCAUUUCCAUCAUAGAUUCUUUUAACAGGCACCGAACUGGUUCAAAAUCAUAUUCUCGAAGCAACCGAACACACUCUAUUCUAUUUUACAAAUCACGCACAAGUUGCACAACAUGGCACCAACUUCCGUGGAUGAGGACCUCCGCCCCAAGGACUACUUUGAUCAACGGGCAGCCAGUGAUAUGGAACGGAACUUGAUUACGAAACAACGCACUUUGAAUGAAAGAUUGGCCUGUGCCACUCGUGUCAUAGCCCAUUUCCAAGAGGAUGCUGGGCUUGCUGGUCAAAUCACUGCUCGCUCUUCCCGGUCACAAGAUGUAUACUGGACCCUCCGCUUCGGUGUUGGCUGGGAGGAAGCCAAUCCAAAAGACUUUAUUGAGGUCGACAAAGACCUGAAUACCAUUACCGGCACCGGCAUGGCCAACCCUGCCACUCGAUUCCACUUGUGGGUUUACGCAGCCAGACCCGAUGUCCAGAGCAUUGUUCACGUUCAUUCGCCCUGGAUCCAGGCUCUUGCAGCUGCUGGCGAGGGCAUCGUUGUUUCGCAGAUGGAUAUGACUCCUUUCUACAACGACUGCACUAUUCUAAAAGAAUGGCCUGGUGUGCCCAUUGCAGACCAAGAGGGCGUGAUUAUCAGCGGCGCGCUGGGCACCAACCGUUCAAUCGUUCUUGCCAACCAUGGCAUGUUGACAGCCGGAACGACAGUCGAGGAGGCUACCUACCUGUGUGUGUACCUUGAGCGUGCUGCCCGCAUCCAACUUCGGGCUCGUGUAUAUGGACCGCUAAAGCCCGUGCCCGGUGCAUUGGCACAGGAGGCUCAUGACUAUCUUAUGCAAGAGCGCAUUGUCGCAGCCACAUUCGACUACUGGGUCCGCAAAACAGAGAGGGCGUUUGGGCCAAUGCAGGUUGGAAAGAAGAACGAAGAACUGAAUGUUGUAUAAGAUAGAGCCAAACGUAUGGACUUAACCACGCAGCUAGGUUGAGAACAGAGUGUUUGGUUAGUGAUCAGUCAUUUAGUAUAGUUUUGUCCAUGCACUCAGAGUCUGAUACAAAUUUCGUCUUAAAAC